AUGUCUAAGGAAUUUCUGACAGGCCUGUCGAUGAUGACGAGAGGUCCGACAGUUGAUAAGCUUCGAUGGACUUUCAGACUGUACGACAUUGAUCAGGAUGGCCGCAUCGGACGUGAUGAAAUGCGGGAGAUAAUACACUCCAUUUACCUGAUGCUUGGACGAUACACGGAACCCUCCGUCCACGAAUUCACGGCAAAACAUCACGCAGACCAAGUCUUCGAACAAUCUGUCUCUCAGAGCUACAUCUCUGUUUUCGAGGAACUCAAGCAUAGAGUCGAAAAGAUUCCAAUACCUAUUGAGACAGAAGCUUUUGGAAAGCCAGCGAAGUAUCGGCAAGUGAUUGAAUUCUUUAUCGGUUUUCUUUCACAGCUGUCUGAAUAA